AUGCCUGAUGAGCGAGAUUUACUUGAAAGUGAAUCAUGGUUAUGCGAUCUUGCGUUUUUAAUAGAUAUUACACAGCACCUCAACAUACAUAACCAGAAGCUGCAAGGGAAGGACUGUUCGUUACCAAUAAUGUUCAAUUUGGUUUACGGAUUUAAAGCGAAACUCUCCCUUUUCUUGACAAAUUUGACUAGAAAUAAUAUCGAUCAUUUUCCUACGCUUGUAGAUAUAAGAGGAAAACUAGAAAAUACUUCGCCUGACAUCUCGAAAUAUCAAACAAAAAUUCAAUUAUUGUUGCAGUCUUUUGAGAACAGAUUUCAGGAUUUUGAGAAGGACAAAAAUAACAUUUUGUUUUUCAUGAACUCAUUUUCAAUCACUUUAAGUGAAAUACAAAAAUAUUCAUGCAAUAUCCAGUUGGAAAUCACAGAAAUUCAAAACCACGUUUCCUUGAAGCAGAUAUUUACCGAAACUGUAUCAUCACAACCACAGCUGCAGUCUUCAGAAAAUUUAUUAAAAUUUUGGAAAUUAGUACCAAAAGAAGACUUUCCUGCAACGUGUGAUCUUGCCUUGCAGAUUUCAAGCAGAUUUGGAUCAACAUAUAUUUGCGAAAAAGCUUUUUCUACUCUAACCUAUGUCAAAAAUAAAUAUCGUAGUUCGUUGACUGCGUCUCAUAUUUCAGAUUUGAUGUUGUUAUCAACAUCAGAUUUAUCACCAGAUACUGAAAAAUUAUUAGCUAAUAAGUUUCUUCAUAGGCCUCACUGA